UAUCAAUUUUUGUUUGAAAUAAAAAAAAGAAUAAAAAAAUUAAGACAGAACAGAAGAGACACGCAAACAUAUCCAUUAGUCACAACGGUUUCUUGCAGCUUCUAUUACCAGAAAGGAAAGAAAGCCGAAAUUUGUUUCAGGAUAAGUAGUUUGAGUAGAGAUUGUGUCUGGGUGGUACUGUGUCAGGUGAAGAGAGAAGAAGAAGAUGGAAAAUACAGACGAACUUGUCUCCAUUGAGCUACCAGCUCCUGCUUCAUGGAAGAAACUGUUUUAUCCGAAAAGAGCAGGUACUCCGAGAAAGACAGAGAUUGUAUUCGUGGCUCCAACGGGUGAAGAGAUCAGCUCACGGAAGCAGUUGGAGCAGUACCUCAAGGCCCAUCCUGGCAAUCCUCUCAUCUCUGAGUUUGAGUGGACAACUGGGGAAACUCCAAGGAGGUCUUCAAGGAUUAGCCAAAAGGUGAAGGCCACAACGCCUACUCCUGACAAAGAACCCCUCCUGAAGAAGAGACGAUCUUCUCUUACUAAGAAGGACAAUAAGGAGGCUGCUGAGAAAAAUGAAGAGGCUGCUGUGAAGGAGAACAUGGAUGUUGACAAGGAUGGACAGACGGAAAACGCAGAGAAGGAGAAGGAGGGAGUGACAGAAAUUGCAGAGGCAGAGAAGGAGAACAAAGAGGGUGUGAAGGGGGAGAAGGAGGAUGAAAAGGCUGAGGCUGAGAACAAAGAGGCAGAAGUUGUGACUGACAAGAAAGAGUCCAUGGAAGUGGAUACCUCUGAGUUGGAGAAGAAGACUGAGAGUGGAGGAGGAGCUGAAGAACCUUCCAAAGUUGAAGGCCUCAAGGACACUGAACUGAAAGAGCCACAGGAAGUUGUUGCUGAGGGUGAUGGAGAGAAGAAGCCUGCUGAGGAAAAGACUGAGAACAAGGGCAGCGUGACAACAGAGGCUAACGGAGAAGAGAAUGUGACCCCGGGUGAACCUAAUCUUGAUGCAGAUGCUGAAGCAAAUAAGGGAAAAGAACCCAAAGAAUCUGAUGAGAAGAAGAGUGAAGCUGAGGUAAAUAAAGAAAAUGACGCUCAAGAAUCUGAUGAGAAGAAGACAGAAGCUGCAGCAAAUAAGGAGAACGAAACCGAAGAAUCUGAUGUUACGAAGACAGAAGCUGCAGCAGCAACAGCAGUAGCAGAGGAAAAGAGUAACGACUUGAAGGGAGAAGACACAAGCAGAAGCUUGGAGGCGAAUCAAGUUCAACAGCAGCAGGGCGCUGCAGCUUCCGUGAGCUGUUAAAACCUAUAUCGUUCUGUACACAGCACAGAACGUGAAGAGUUUGUUGUGAUUUCAGGUGUAGCAUUAACAUUAUGAGUGCUUGUUGUAUGUGUUGGUAGAACUAAUGUCCUUCUAUGUAGUUCAGUUCAUUAUCAUUUGACGUUGUACCUUUGUACUUUGUUGUAUCAUUAAUGUUAGGCAUUUAGACUGUUCUUUGUCU